CCCGGACCAGAUAAAAUAUCGACUGGCGAGACAUAUAAAAAGAGACCCCAAUUGGAGCAGACCACAUUCGUUAUUCAGCAGAGAAGUAGAAACUGCAGUAGCAGAAGCAUUAUCGAACGCAACAUGAGAGUUUACCACUUGCUGCUGAUUGGAUUCGGUUUGGCGGCGAUCGCCGGCGGUCGGGAGGUUCUGGCCCAUCCACCCAGGAACGAUCCGUGCACCACCACCACGUGCGCACCCCCACCACCGCCGUGCACCACCACCACGUGCGCACCCCCACCACCACCGUGCACCACCACCACGUGCGCACCCCCACCACCGCCGUGCACCACCACCACGUGCACGCCUCCACCGUGCACGCCUCCACCGUGCACCACCACCACGUGCGCACCACCACCACCGCCGUGCACCACCACCACGUGCGCACCCCCACCACCGCCGUGCACCACCACCACGUGCACGCCUCCACCGUGCACGCCUCCACCGUGCACCACCACCACGUGCACGCCUCCACCGUGCACGCCUCCACCGUGCACCACCACUACGUGCAAGCCUCCACCGUGCACCAGGACACCACCCUGCACUAAAACUCCCCCCUGCACCCCCCCCUGCACACCCCCCUGCACCCCCCCCUGCACCCCACCCUGCACACCACCCUGCACACCACCCUGCACACCACCCUGCACACCACCCUGCACACCACCCUGCACACCACCCUGCACACCACCCUGCACACCACCCUGCACACCACCCUGCACCCCACCCUGCACCCCACCCUGCACCACCACGUGCACCCCACCCUGCACACCACCCUGCACACCACCCUGCACCCCACCCUGCACCACCACAUGCACCCCACCAGCACCCGCACCCGCACCGGCACCCGGAACUGGGGAUGGCAUCCCUGAAAACGAGCAACGCGAUCUCGCCCAGGUGCUGAUCUCGCGCCACGACUGUCGUGGCCAGGACGACGGAACCUUCCUGGCCGACGUGCGCCACUGCCGCCGCUACUACGUGUGCAACCGGCAGAGGUCGAGGCGCCAGAACUGCCCCAGCGGCACCUGGUUCGAUCGCCAGCUGAAGGCCUGCCGACUGGCCAGCCUCGUCGACAACUGUGACGCCAGGCGCAACUAAGGUGGACUUUGGGUUUGCCGUUGCCUGCCAGUGUGGCCAUGCGCAUUUGCAAAGCAAAUUGGCUUUAGAGAAUUUUUUUUUCACUUUUUCAAAGAAUUUAGCAAAGCAAGUGUGAAUUAAUGGUUUAACUAUUCCAAAGCAAUAAAUAAAUGUUUCACUGAUUAUACAAGAAAUACAA